AUGGUGUCCUUUCCUGGGUUGGCUGCCGAGGUGGGCUGCGUCGCCGCGGCCGUGUUCUGUGCCGUGGCGAACGUGCUGCCUGGGCUGGUUGUCCCGCACACGCAGCGGCCUAUCCCGAAACAGAAGAUCCACCUCUCCAGCGGCGAGACGGUACUGGUCCGGGACGCGACCCUAGACCACGCGCUGGUGGAGGAGACCGUGCCAGGUUACGCACUGGUGAUCAUCGUCGCGGCGACCGGCCUCAUUCUCGCCGUCGCAGCCACGCUGCUGCCACGCCGCUGGGGCGGGAAGCACGAGGCGUGGCCGGCGCUCACCGCGCUCUUCGUGUCGCUCGGCCUGUGCACCUUGCUGACCAACUCGCUCAAGCUGUACGCGGGCUUCCUGCGCCCCAACUUUUACGCCGGGUGCGGCUGGUCAGACGAACUUGGCGACUGCUCGCACGAGUUCGCCACCGGCCGGCGCUCUUGGCCGAGCGGGCACUCCUCCAGCUCCUUUGCAGCCCUCGGCCUCCUCUCCCUCUACCUGCUGCGCGCGCGCCGCGCCGGCUGCGGCAGCGGCGGCGGCGGCCACUGCGGCGGCCAAGCCGAGGCGCUCCUCGCCGCCGCGGCCAGGAAGCCUCCCUGA